CCAUGACUACGAGGCACGCUAACACCGCCGGUGGCCGGUGUCGGGGGCCGACAGAGGAGAGGGCGCCAUGGCGCAGAACCUGUAUGGUCCUCGAGUGCGGAUGGGCAACUGGAACGAGGACAUCUACCUGGAGGAGGAGCUCAUGAAGGACUUCUUGGAGAAGAGAGCUAAAGGACAGCUUCUCAUACAGAGAAACAGAAGACUCAAAGAGAAUCUCUUGAGACCGAUGCAGCUUUCCGUUUCGGAGGAUGGGUACGUUCACUGUGGCGACAAGGUGAUGCUCGUGAACCCCGCCCACGCGGAGGUGGAGGCCCACCUGUUUCUGGGCGGGGACCUGAGCCUGUGCACGACUCCCGAUGAAAUUAAAGCGCAUCUGAGCGACGAGUUAGAGGUGCCGUGUGGCCUGAGCGCAGCUCAAACCAGGAUCCCGGUUGGCAGAAACACUUUCACCAUUUUGAGGGCCGACGGAAACGCCACGGGUCAGGUCCUCAGGUACGGACAGGACUUCUGCCUCGCGACCACGGGAGGGUUUGAAGACAAAAUGCUGUAUUUAUCCAGUGACCACAGGACCCUCCAGAAGUCGUCCAAGAGAUCUCUGCUCCAGGAGGCGUACCUGACGGAUGAGGUCUCCUACCUGAGCUGCUGGCAGGCCGCCUUCCUGGACCCCCAGCUGCGCCUGGAAUACGAAGGCGCCCCCGUUCCGGCAAAUGCAAAGAUCCUCAUCUAUCACUGCCGCACGAAUCGGGGGCUAGCAGUCCACAGGCAUCUUUUCUUGAGUACCUAUUUCGGGAAGGAAGCUGAGGUGGCCGUCCACACGCAUCUGGAUUCACACAGAGUCGAAAAGCCGAGCAACCAUUGGAUGUUGGUGACCGGGAAUCCCAGGAAAGACUCGUCCGCCAUGUUGGACCUGCCCAAGCCACCGGCCGAGGACCCCCCAGCCCUGGAGCAGGCCACGGACCCCGGGGCGCAGUGACUCCAGAAUGGCUGCACCAGCUUGCAUUCCCACCAGCAGUGCAAAACGGAUCCUCUCUCUCCGCAUCCUCGCCAACAUCUGUUGUUGCCCGAGUUGUUCAUGUGAGCCAUUCUGACAGGUGUGAGGUGGUAUCUCAUUGUGGUUUUGAUUUGUAUUUCCCCGAUGAUGAGUGAUGUGGAGCAUCUUUUCACGUGUCAGUUGGCCAUGUGGACGUCUUCUUUGGAGAAGCGUGUGUUCAAGUCUUCUGCCCAUUUCUUCACUGGAUUAUUUGUUUUUAUGGUGUGGAGUUUGAUAAGUUUUUUAUAGAUUUUGGAUACUAACCAUUUAUCCGAUAUGUCGUUUGCAAGUAUCUUCUCCCAUUCCAUAGGCUGCCUUUUAGCUCAAAGCAUACUGUAUUUUUUUAUGUAUUAAAAAUUUUUGUGUGUGUUUAUUUACUUUUGAAAGACAGAGAGACAGAGCGUGAGCAGGAGAGGGGCAGAGAGAGAGAGGGAGACACAGAAUCCGAAGAAGGUUCCGGGCUCCGAGCUGCCAGCACAUAUCCUAAUGUGGGGCUCGAACUGACAAACCCUGAGACAUGACCUGAGCCGAAGUCGGAUGCUGAACCGACUGAGCCCCCCCAGGUGCCCCAAAGCUAUUUUUUUUCUAUAGAAGACACCCUGUGUGCCUUUAAAGGUAGCUUCCAGCUGUAUGAGUAAUCUACUUGCAGCAUCUGAUCUGGGCUUUGGUGGACACUUAGACUUUUCUGUGCAGAGUGACCUCUUGUUCUGGAUGGAGUUAUAGUGUCCGAAAGGCACACAGCACCUCAGCGGUGGCUUCCAGUGUGGGACACACAACACGGCCCAUUGAGAUGUGGAAAGAAAAGCUUAGAACUUCUAUGCCUAUCAUUUUCUUACUCUAUAAAGUGCAUUAACGUGUGUUUUCUAAUGUUCAAAAUGUUAGUUUUUAAACGUACGUAAGAGUUCAGGGGCGCCUGAGUGGCUCAGUCGGUUGAGCUUCCGACUUCGGCUGAGGGCAGGAUCUCUCGGUCCGUGGGUUCGAGCCCCGCGUCGGGCCCUGUGCUGACAGCUCGGAGCCUGGAGCCUGCUUCGGAUCCCGUGUCUCUCCAUCUCUCGGCCCCUCCCCUGCUCAUGCUCUGUCUCUUUCUUUCAAAAAUGAAUAAAUGUUAAAAA